UUUUCAUAUUUUUACUGAUAAUUAAGACUGAAAAAAAUACAAAUAAGGUUAAAAAACGAAAUGUCGAAAGCACGAGUCCGCAAAUAUAUCGAUAUUGGUGCUAACCUCACUGAUGGUAUGUACGCAGGGAUGUACAAUGGAAGCAAAAAACACGAGCCAGAUCUGCAGCAGGUUUUAGGGAGAAGUUGGGAAGCAGGUUUAAACAAAAUUAUCAUUACCGGUGGAAGUUUGGAGGAGUCUGAGAAAGCCUUGGAGUUGGCUAAAACAGAUGAUAGACUUUACGCAACUGUAGGAUGCCAUCCGACAAGGUGCAAUGAAUUCGAACAAAGUGGGCAAGACCCAAACAACUAUUUAGAGAAGUUAAUAAACGUUGUGCUCGGAGGAAAAGAUAAAAUAGUAGCUAUUGGUGAAUGUGGUUUAGAUUAUGACAGGACACAGUUUUGUCCCAAGAAUAUUCAGAAAAAAUAUUUUGAGUACCAAUUGGAACUGAGCAAAACACUUCAAUUUCCCCUUUUUCUGCAUUGCAGAAAUGCUGCCGACGAUUUGUAUAAUAUAUUAGUUAAAUUCAGUGGCUUGAAAGGUGUGGUACAUAGUUUUGAUGGAACUAUUGAUGAAGCUAGGCGUUUUAUUGACCUAGGAUAUUACAUUGGAUUGAAUGGAUGUUCAUUGAAAACACAAGAGAAUUUAGAGUGUGUGAAAAAUCUGCCUUCUGACAAAAUUUUAAUAGAAACCGAUUGUCCCUGGUGCGAAAUUAGACCCAGUCAUGCAGGAUCCAGAUUCAUUACCAAAGAAAAUCAAUCGCUGCCUAGCACUAAGAAGGAAAAAUGGUUGCCAAAUCACACGGUCAAGAGUAGAAAUGAACCAAUCAACAUAAGGCAAGUUUUAGACGUCCUAUCGGCUGUAAAAAAUGAAGACCCGGACAAACUCUGCGAGACAAUUUACCAAAAUAGCCUGGCGUUAUUUUUUCCGAGUGAGAGAUGAGGAGGAAUAAAUAGCAAAAAAUGUAAUAAAAA